AUGAGUACAUAGGCAAUCCAUAAAAAAAUAGAUUCUGAUAAAUUAAAUUGGUAAAACUUAAGAAAAAAGAUUAUAAAAAAAUACCCUUAAUACAAGGUUAUAAUAGAUUCCAACUCUAACCUUUUUUCAAAAUUAGACUUUUCAAAAAAAGAGAAUUAAGUCAAAGUGAUAAAUAAAAUAAUAGAAAAAUAGUAAUAAGCACUAGAAUAAAUUUUUACAGAAGAACUUAUAAUUUAACAGAAAGAACAAUAAAAGUAAAUAUAAAAGUUGGUUGGAAUUAUUGCGAAGUAAUCAAAUGCAAAAACAACCAAAUAAGAUGAGUUAAAAAAAAAAGAGCAACAAAAAGGAAAUUAAAAAAAUAAUAAUUCAGCUCCAGUUAAAUUGUAGAAAAAGGUUUCUGAUAAAAUAGAAGCUUGGAACACUCUUGAUGAUACUUAAAGCUUAAUUCAUGAUUAUCAAGAUGGUACACAAGAUUAAUUUUACAUCACAUAAGAUGUCUAAGCUCCAUAAGAAAACCAAUAAUUAAAAUCAAAUUAAUAGAUGCCUUAAUCCAUUCUUGUGAAAAAAAAAAAAAAAUUUUUAAAAACUAAAGCUCCAUUGAUAAAAGAGAAAUCUGUUAGAUUCUUAGAAAAUAAUAGCCAAAACAAAAAAAAUAUAAAAAAUUAAUUAAAUCGGAAUAAGGAAGCCUCAAGUGAUGAUGAACUAGGAAAAAAUGAGCAUGAAAAAAAAAUUUUAGAAAAUGAUAAAUUCAAUAUACUUGAUGGAGAAAACGAAAAUGAGGAUGAAGAGGAAAAUGUCUAAAGUGAUUUAGAUAACGAUCAAGAAGAAGAUGAAGAUCAUAAUGAUCAUGAUAAUAGUUAUAAAGAAGGUUAAAAAGAGAAUGAGGAAGAGGAAGAAGAUGAAGAGGAAGAUGAAGAUGAAGAGGAAGAAGAAGAGGAGGAUAAUUAAGAAGAGGAGGAAAAUGAAGAAGACGAGGAUAAUGAACAAGAUGAGGAUGAUGAAGAAGAAGAAGAAGACGAAGAAGAGAAUAUUGAUGAUGAUGAAGAAGUAGAAGAAGAAGAGGAAGUAGAGGAAGACGUUGAUGAUGAAGAAGAAUAGGAAGAUUAGGAAAAUGAAAACUCUGAAAAUGAAAAUGAUUUAUAGGACAAGGAAGAAGAUGAGAACCAAAAAAAAUUAUAGAGAUUAAAAGAAAAAGCUCUUAAGAAAAAAUGUUGA